AGGGAGGGUCCAUCUGCCCGACUCCCCGUCUUCUAGCAGUCUCUCCCCGCACGCUCCUCCUGCGACCAUGUCCUUCCGAUACAGCGCGUCCUCCCCGGGCCGGGUGCAGGGCUUCAGCAGCCGCUCCUUCUCCGGCUACGGGAUGCGCGUGGCCCGGCAGAGCCCGCCGGUCUACGGCCAGGUCUACGGGGGGCCGGGCCCCGCGGUGGGCGCCGGGGGCGUCAGGGUGAGCGGGGGCUACGGCGCCGCGGCCGGCGAAGCCGUGCCCAUCGCGGCCGUGACCGUGAACAAGAGCCUGCUGGCCCCUCUGAACCUGGAGAUCGACCCGGCCAUCCAGGCCAUCCGCACCGAGGAGAAGGAGCAGAUCAAGACCCUCAACAACCGCUUUGCGUCCUUCAUUGAAAAGGUGCAAUUCCUGGAACAGCAGAACAAGAGGCUGGAGACCCAGUGGGGCAUCCUGAAGGAGAAGAAGACGCCUCACUCCAACAUCGACGUCAAGUUUGAACAGUACAUCGCCGACCUGCGGAAGCAGCUGGACGUGCUGGGCCACGAGAAGGUUAAGCUGGAAUCGGACCUGCAUCAAAUGAAGGGACUGGUGGAGGACUACAAAACCAAGUACGAGGAGGAGAUCCACAGGCGCAAUGAGUGUGAAAGCAACUUUGUUCUCUUAAAGAAGGACGCAGACGUCGCCUACAUGACGCGGGUGGAGCUGGAGGCGAAGCGGGACAGCCUCUGCGAAGAGCUGGACUUCCUGAGGCAGAUCUACGAUGCUGAAAUCCAAGAGCUGCAGGGCCAGAUCAAGAGCACGUCCGUCGUCGUGGAGAUGGACAACAGCCGCAGCCUCAACAUGGACGGCAUCGUGGCCGACGUCCGGGCCCAGUACGAGGACAUCGCCAACCGCAGCAGGCAGGAGGCCGAGGCGUGGUACAAGAGCAAGUUCGUGGAGAUGCAGCAGUCGGCCAGCAGAUACGGCGACGACCUGAAGUUAACCAAAGCCGAGAUCUCGGACCUCAACCGCAGCAUCCUGAGGCUCCAGUCUGAAAUUGACAUGGUCAAAGCGCAGCGCGCCAACUUGGAAGGCCAGAUCGCCGAGGCUGAGGAGCGCGGCGAGCAGGCGGUGGCGGACGCUAAGCUCCGCAUCCGGGACCUGGAGCUGGCUCUGCAGAAGGCCAAGCAGGACAUGGCCCUGCAGGUGCGACUGUACCAGGAGCUGAUGAACGUGAAGCUGGCGCUGGACAUCGAGAUCGCCACCUACAGGAAGCUGCUGGAGGGCGAGGAGGACAGGCUGGCUGCUGGAAUCAAGACCAACAUAACUAAGCAGACUGCUAUGAACUACAGCUACGGUCUGGAGAGCUCCCGCAUCCCCACCGCCAUCAGCUGCUCCUUUGGUGGACCUCGAGUCAGCGACAGUUCUCUUCACGCCAUUGAAGGGGAGGUGGUGAAGAGCACCACUGUGACCAAGACGGAAACGGUGGUGACAAAGACGGAGGAGAAGAAGACGGAGGAGGAGAAGAAGGAGGAGAAGAAGGAGGAGCAGGAGGCGGCCAAGGAGGAGGAGAAGCAGGGCAAGGCUGAAGCUGUGGCCGAUCAGUGAUGUGUAUCAGAUUCAUGAGGUUUUGGGCUAUUAAGAAAAACAACACAUCUUGGACCCAUUCACCAAAAGUGCCUCCACCACUGAGAGAGAAGGGACCACUCACUGCACCACAUCUGUUCAGCCAGUAGGUGGCCCUCUGCGACAGCCAAGCUCCUCUGUCUGUCCUUAUCAAACUUGUAACUUGUAACUUGUAAUUUGGGAAAAUCAAAUAAAACAUCACCGUGCUGACCUCCUGAAAACCA